AUGGCUCCGUCUCUAUGCUUCAAAUGCCAGAAAGAAAGGGCCGUCAUUAUCCGUCCCAAAAACCGGCACAAGCUCUGCCGUGAAUGUUUCCUAGAGGUAUUCGAAACCGAAGUCCACGAAACGAUCACGUCAAACUCCCUCUUCCACCCCGGCGAGCGCAUCGCCAUCGGCGCAAGUGGCGGAAAAGACAGCACUGUGCUGGCUUCGGUGCUCAAAACUCUGAACGAGCGAUAUGAGUACGGAUUAGAUCUUUGUCUUCUCUCCAUAGACGAAGGAAUUCGGGGUUACCGCGAUGACAGCCUUGAGACCGUCAAGCGCAAUGCUGUGCAGUACAACAUGCCCCUCGUCAUUGUGGGCUAUGGUGAGCUAUACGGAUGGACGAUGGAUCAGGUCGUUGAGCAGAUUGGAAAGAAGGGUAACUGCACGUACUGCGGGGUGUUUCGGCGGCAGGCGCUGGAUCGGGGUGCGGAGCGGUUGGGCAUCAAGCAUGUUGUAACUGGGCAUAAUGCGGACGAUGUGGCGGAAACAGUGAUGAUGAAUUUGCUGCGUGGUGAUCUUCCUCGUUUAUCGAGAGGCACGAGUAUCGUUACAGGGUCAGCAGCGUCGGACAUCAAGCGCAGCAAGCCGCUAAAGUACGCGUACGAGAAGGAGAUUGUGCUCUAUGCGCACCAUAAACAGCUAGAUUACUUUAGCACGGAGUGCAUAUACUCUCCUGAGGCGUUCCGGGGGAGUGCGCGCACGCUAAUCAAGGAUCUAGAGAAGAUUAGGCCGAGCUCAAUCUUGGAUAUCGUGCGGAGUGGCGAGGAGAUGGCGGUGCUUGUGCCUAUCACGGAUGGUGGGCAGGCGGCCGCUGCCGGGGAGGCGGAGGACGUAUCUACGAUUGGGGGUUGCGGAAGUCAGAGUGGAAGGACGCGCGGGGGCGAAAUGGCGGAGAUGGAGAAGAGUCUUGCACAGAAUGAAGCUGCUGCGGAACUGGAGACGGAAAUUAAGAUGCCCUCGCACCUGGCCGGGCAAGUUCCCCUUCCCAAGAGGACCAACAAGCCGAAGAGACAACAAACACAGAAGACGUCAAAGGUCGGCCAGGUACUGGGCAAGUGCGAGCGUUGCGGGUAUAUCUCAAGCCAGCGAACUUGUCAUGCUUGCACUCUGCUCGAGGGUUUGAAUAAGAACAGGCCCAAGGCUGCUAUUGAGUUGGAGCUUGACGCGGAGGAAGAAGAGAGCAGCACGACCCUACGCAGGCAGAUGGAGCAGGUUCAGUUGGCAGGAUGA